AGAUCACGUGACCCAACAGUAGCUCCGCCCACCGCCAGCAACCAGGGAAUGGUUGAACACCUACAGGAGCUGCUGCUGUUUACACUCUGUGUGUUUUCCUCCUCAAAUUCCCACGGCCAAAUUAUCCCUCAUUAUGGGGGACAAGGCAGGCACCCGGGUAUUCAAGAAGUCCAGUCCAAAUUGCAAGCUUACAGUAUAUUUGGGGAAAAGAGAUUUUGUGGACCAUCUAGAUCAUGUGGACCCUGUUGAUGGCGUGAUUCUGGUUGACCCUGAAUAUCUCAAAGAUAGAAAAGUAUUUGUGACCUUAACCUGUGCUUUCCGGUAUGGCCGUGAGGACCUUGACGUUCUAGGGCUCUCCUUCCGAAAAGAUCUUUACAUCUACACUUUUCAGGCCUUUCCUCCCAUUCCAGAGGAAUCCAAGCCCCACAGUCGUCUGCAGGAGAGGCUUUUGAAGAAACUUGGACAGAAUGCAUAUCCUUUCCAUUUCACUAUACCGCAGAACUUGCCAUGCUCUGUUACUCUGCAGCCUGGGCCUGAGGACACAGGAAAGGCCUGUGGUGUGGAUUUUGAGAUCAGGGCUUUCUGUGCCAAAACGAUGGAAGAGAAGAACCACAAAAGGAAUUCAGUGCGACUAGUGAUACGCAAAGUCCAGUAUGCUCCUGAGAAACCCGGCCCACAGCCGAUGGUGGAGACGACGAGGAGUUUCCUCAUGUCAGACCGGUCUUUACACCUAGAGGCUUCACUAGAUAAAGAGCUGUAUUACCAUGGAGAACCCAUCAGUGUUAACGUCCAUGUCACCAAUAACUCAACCAAGACUGUCAAAAGGGUUAAAAUAUCAGUACGACAGUAUGCUGAUAUCUGUCUCUUCAGUACAGCACAGUACAAAUGUCCAGUGGCUCAGAUAGAGGCAGAUGAUCAGGUGGCAUCCAGCUCUACUUUUUGUAAAGUGUACACACUCACACCCACUCUCAACAACAAUCGAGAGAAGAGAGGACUGGCGCUGGAUGGAAAACUCAAACAUGAGGACACCAACCUGGCGUCCAGUACUAUUGUGAAGGAUGUGAGUAAUAAGGAAGUUCUGGGUGUCCUGGUGUCAUAUCGGGUCAAAGUCAAGCUGGUGAUCUCCCGUGGAGGGCUUUUAAGCAGCUUGCUGGAGAGGGACGUCUCAGUGGAACUGCCUUUUGUCUUAAUGCACCCAAAACCUACGGAUUCCACCCUUUUACAUUCAACCUCAGCUGCUCCAAUGUUGGAUCCACCAAUUGACACCAACUUGAUAGAGUUCGACACAAACAGUUUAACUCCAGAUGACGACAUUGUAUUUGAGGACUUUGCUCGCUUACGGUUAAAAGGAAUAAUCGACAAGGAAGAGGACUGCUGAAUUUUUGUCAUCUCGUUCAUCAAGUGCAGAAGUGCUUCUCAUCAAAUUGUGCA